GUGUGUGAAUGAGAAACAACACCAAGAUACCUGUGGAAAACUCUAGUGCUGCGGAGGUCAGCAUGCUGCUUGAUAUACUCCUCGUCCUUCAUCUCCAGGUGCUAGUCAUAGCAUCUUCAUCCUCCGCUGAGGAAGAUGAAAGCAGUGAGAGGGACGCACAACGCAGUAAAGGUUCUUCUCAUCAGCACCACUGGGGUUACCAUGAUCAGGACGCGUGGUUAUCUGCGUUUGAACACUGUAGUGGAAAAGCUCAGUCUCCAGUCAACAUAGACACUCAUAAGGUUUUCUAUGAGCCCAAUCUGCCUCCCAUUAAACUGGAGGGUUAUGAUCUCGCCGGCUCUCCCGCUCUUACCCUCAUCAACAACGGACACACAUUGCAGCUGAGUCUGCCGAGCAGCAUGCGGAUCAUGAGGGGAUUCGAUCAUGUUUACGUCGCAGCCCAGCUUCACUUCCACUGGGGAACCACAGAGGUCCCUGGCUCAGAGCACACCAUAGAUCAUGUGCAUUUCCCUGCUGAGAUCCACGUGGUUCAUUAUAACUCCAGAUACGCAAAUCUCGCUGAGGCUGCUGGUAAAGCGGAUGGGUUGGCAGUGUUAGGAGGAUUCAUAGGUAUUGGCCUUCGUGACAAUGACAACUAUGAGAAGAUCCUGUCUGCGUUAACAGACAUCAGCAUUGAGGAGUCAGACACUGAGAUUCCUGGUUUUAAUGUGCGCCAUCUACUGCCAGACAGCUUGGACAGGUUUUAUAGGUACAGCGGGUCCCUCACGACCCCUCCGUGCUUUCAGACGGUCAGCUGGACUUUGUUCAACGACUCAAUCAGAGUCUCAAGAAGACAGCUAGCAGCCUUGGAGGACACAUUGAAAACUGAACACAACAAGCUUUUGUCCAAAAACUUCAGAGCUCCACAACUUCUGCAUGGGAGAAAAGUGCUGGCAUCUUUCCACACAGGAUCCACUGCAAGAAUAGCCAGUGAAGCUCCACCAUCUGAAACGCAAGACAGCAAUAUAAUGGAAUCUAACGGACACAUUCUGGCGAUUAUCUUUGGGGUUCUGUUUGCCGUCACGUUGCUGGUCUUCUCCGUCUACACAUAUGGACAGAGGAAAAAGUACUCAAAGUUUAAAAAAGACUCCAAGCAAAAUGUUAUUUAUAAACCAGCUGCCGUUGAAAAAGACAUAGAUCAAACCUCUGUUACUGUAUCAUAAACCACAUAUUUAUUCAGAAACUUGUUUUGUCUUGUUUGUCUUCAGAGUGAGACUUUGGAAUAAAUUGUUUGCAAAUUAGUAGAAAUUGCUGCAUACACUUUUGGUCCACUUUUUUGUUGUUGCCCUGGUUGUGUAUGUGUCUGGAGUUUUAAGUACAUACAUUUUAUUUUUCAUUUUGCUGUUUUUUCCAUUGAAUUGAGGAAAUUAAUCAUAACAUAUUAUUCAUCCACCUUCCAAGAUGUAUAAUGGUUCUCUAACAGUAUCUGAGCAGAACCUAGUUUACAUAUAGAUAAACUGUCAAACCACAGCCAUUCAUUUAUAUAUUACCCAGAUAGUGACCACUAACUCUCUCUCUCCAGUCAUCUGACACUAGACUUCAGAAACUAUAUUUUAGUCUUGACAUACAAUUUCAAAAUUGUAAGUGUAUAAUGAGUUUGUGAAGCCGUGUUGUUUUCAGUCUGUGUCUCUCAGAACAGACUGUUCUUUACUGCAUGUAUGUAUCAAACACGGUCCAGAACACUAAACAUUCACACGAGGAUUCCUGUCAGCACCAGCAAUGUUUAAGACCAUUAAACUUUGAAUCUGGAAAAUCCACGAGUUAACUUGUGUUAUAUAUAAGUCAUGACAGGUCAUGUAGAGGUGUGUAUUUCAACACAAUUCUGUUGAAGACUGACUGUGAAGCAUGCAAUCCAAUGCAUUUGGCAGGUCAGGGGGUCAGUUCUCACAUUUCAGUAAGAUAUUUACUAAAGGGCAGAGGUCACAUGACUGAGAGCCUAAAAGCCACAAAUACCGGUAACACUUUGUACAUUAACGUGAGUUAAUGCAAUAGCUAAC